CAACGCAGACAGAUCAAAACCAGACUCCAGAUCUGCCCGGGAGGACGGGGGACGCGCCGAGGCCUCACUCAUCCCCGAGCCCCCAUGAGUCAGCCUCUGCCCCGCCCGCUGUGUGUGUCACUGUCCACGCGGGUGGAUUCCAGGCCACCCACCCUUCAUGACCAAAAUGCAAAAGGGGAGGCGCAAGCCAUCUCCAGCCAAAGUGAGGCCGAGUCCCAGGCACUGGGGGGCCGACUGUGACAGGGAGAUCACCCCUCAGCAGAGGCGGAGGUUGGCACGGUGCCAACACUGGGAUGCAGGGCCUGUGUGCGGUGCGCGUCUCGGGCAGCAGGGCCAGCCUCCCGGAUGUUACCCAAGAAGCGGGGAGAGGAGGCUGAGUAAAGCGAAAGACAGUGAGUUUCCCUCUCCAAAGCUGGACCACCUUCUCCAGCCAAGACUCACUUUUCAGCCAACCCCCCCUCCCCGUGACAUCACAGGAGCAGAGACGGUUUCACUGAAGGCUGUCACAUGCCCCCAGAGGUCCCAGCACAGAACACCUCCGAAGGCUGUCCUCGCCAGGAGAAGACCCAGCCCAAGUUGUGAGCGUUUUCAUUUUCCAUUCCGGUCACUGUGGAUGGCAUCCCAGGUCCUCCUGGAGCUCCAGUCCUCCAACGGCAGCCUGCAGGCCCCUCCCAACGCCACCUCCUGCGAGGGCGCCUCCGAGGCCUGGGCCCUGCUGCACAGAGUGCUGCCUGCCUUCCUCCUUGCCAUCUGCUCCCUGGGCCUCCUGGGGAACCUUCUCGUCCUGUCCGUCCUCCUCCUGCCACGCCGGCGACUGAAUGCAGCGGAGAUCUACCUCGCCAACCUGGCGGCUUCCGACCUGGUGUUCGUCUUGGGCCUGCCCUUCUGGGCGGAGAACAUCUGGAACGAGUUCCACUGGCCCUUCGGCGCCCUCCUCUGCCGCGUGGUCAGCGGGGUCAUCAAGGCCAACCUGUUCACCAGCAUCUUCCUGGUGGUGGCCAUCAGCCAGGACCGCUACCAGGUGCUGGUGCACCCCAUGGCCAGCCGGAGGCGGCGGCGACGCCGGCAGGCCCAGGCCACCUGUGCGCUCAUCUGGGUGGUGGGGGGCCUCCUGAGCACCCCCACGUUCCUGCUGCGGUCCGUGGAAGCCGUCCCUGAGCUGAACAUCUCCGCCUGCGUCCUGCUGCUGCCCCACCAGGCCUGGCACGUGGCCAGGAUGGUGGAGCUGACCGUGCUGGGCUUCCUGCUCCCCCUGGCCGCCAUCCUCUUCUUCAACGGGCACAUCCUGGCCUCCCUGCGAGGGCGGGAGGCCGUCGGCAGGGCCCGGUGUGGGGGCCCCAGCGACGGCAAGACCACGGCGCUGAUCCUGGCGCUCGUGGGGGCCUUCCUGGUGUGCUGGGCGCCCUACCACCUCUUCGCCUUCCUGGAGUUCCUGUUCCGGGUGGGGGCCGUCCGGGGCUGCUCCUGGGAGGAGCCCAUCGACCUGGGUCUGCAGCUGGCCAACUCCCUGGCCUUCGCCAACAGCUGCCUGAACCCCGUGAUCUACGUCUUCGUGGGCCGGCUCUUCAGGACCAAGCUCUGGGAGCUUUACAAACGAUGCACCCCCCGGAGCCUCGAGGCGCUGUCCUCCACCCACAGGAAAGACUGCGUCCCGCUGUCCGGGCGGAGCUGAAGCAGCAGAGAACGGAGAAUCGUGGCCUCCGUUUCAAUCCUUCCAUCCUCAUAAAGACUACAGUGGUGGUCAGAUGACCAUCUACCAAAUAAUGACCCCCAAAGACAUCCGGAGCCCGUUUCUAGACCCUGGGGAGGUUAGUUGACAGGGUAACAGGGGCUUUGUAGGUGUCCUUAAGAUGAGGAUCUCCCGGUGGGGAGACGGUCCUGGAUUAUCCAGGUGCCCAACAUAGUCACAAGGGUCCUCAGAGUCAGAGGAGAUGUGGGGACACAUGCAGAAGUCAGAGCCAGGGAGGAAGGGGCUGUGAGCCAAGACUGCAGGCGCCCUCAGAGGCGGGGAAAACCAAGGGGGCAGAUCCCCCUGGAGCCUCCAGAAGAGCCUCUAGAAACAGGCCCUGCCCGCACCUGACCUCCAGAACCGUCACAGAAUAAA